AAAUCCAUUCAUGCCAACUGCCAACUUGGCAAGAACCCCUGAACGUCGGUGCAAGUUUUCUCCGUUGCCAAUUUUCUCGUUCUCUUGCGGAAAAUCACUCGCCACAGAUUUCAGUGCCCGCUCAUCUUACAGGUAUUCUCUAAUUCGUUUUCAAUCUUGCCUAGAUUCUCAAUCCAAAUCUUAUUACGAAGAGCUAAGGAAAUCAGAAGAUGGAUUCGCCAUCUCAGAGUUUACAGUUCUUCGUUCAGUUCCCAGACCUCAAAAUCCCUACUCGUGCUUUGGUUAUUGAAACACCGACCCCCGAUUUCACAAUAAACGACCUCAAAUCAUUCGUCUUGUCCGAAACCCUAACCCUAGAUCAAGACUCCGUCUAUUUCACCUUAAAUGGGAAACUGAUCCCAGAUUCUACCCCUGUAAAAAGUUCCCUGAUUUCUCCCCUGUCUACCUUAACCCUCCACCGUCGCCUCCUUGGUGGGGGCGGAGAUGGCGGCGCCACAGGGGCGGAAUCUCGAGACUGUUACCUCAAGAUGUAUGCUGAGAAGAAACCUGACAAAAUUGAUCAAAACGAGCGUAGAUUAUCUAAGUGGUUGAAUUGUACGUUGUCAAAUGAGCCACUUAGACACCCUGUGGUGACUGAUAAGCUAGGGAAUCUGUUUAACAAGGAGGCCUUGGUUGAAGCUUUGUUGAGGAAACAAGUACCCAAGCAGUUUUCAUACAUAAAGGGAUUGAAAGAUAUGGUCCCUAUAGAAUUAUCAUCUAUUCCGGGCAUGGAUGGUCCUGUCUUGUGUGGUGAGACUAGGUUCCAGUGUCCCAUAUCAGGGUUGGAGUUUAAUGGGAAAUAUAAAUUCUUUGCCCUUAGGACUUGCGGGCAUGUUUUCAGUUCCAAAGCUUUGAAAGAGGUCAAGUCUUCCUCUUGUUUGGUUUGUCACAAGGAAUUUAUGGAGAAUGAUAAGAUUGUGAUAAAUGGAAGUGAAGAUGAGGUUGCAGCAUUGAGAGAGAAGAUGGAGGGAGAAAGGGUAAAACUUAGAGAUGGUAAGAAGACGAAGAAGGGUAAAAAUGGGGAUUUAGCCCAUAAUGUAGAGGGUGGUGAUGUCACACGCUUGAGUGGGACCAAACAUGGUAUUGAUGAUAAGGUUGGAGAGAAGGGGAAAUUGGAACUGAACAAGAAAGUUGGUUCCAAUGGUAAAAUAGAAGUGAAGAAUGUUAUCAAUGGAAAGCGGUUCAAGGCUGUUGAUAAUGCGCCAGCUAAUGCCACCAAGGAAGUGUAUGCAUCUAUUUUCACAUCUUCCAGGAAGUCUGAUUUCAAGGAGACUUAUUCUUGUCGAUCACUGCCACUCGGAAGAAAUUGAUGAGCUGGGAGUAUCUCAGGGAUGAUGAAUAGUGUCUUUAUCUGCUUUUAUUUUCAUACCGGGAGAAGCUGGGAAUUUUCCUCCACGUGCAGUGUCUCUAGCUGCUAAACUUCCAUGAGUUUAAUUUGAUCUCAAUGACGAUGAUAUCGUGAUGGGUUUUGAUGCUUAAAAUGUUUUUGGUGUCUUCUUGGAUUGUGUUAAAGAACAAUGUGUGUUAGUUUACAUUUCACAGUCCUGAAGCAAUGGAGAUACCUACUGGAGAAACUCCAGGCCGUCAGAUGAGUAGAUCACAACCAUCUAUUGAGUAUGUGUGCUGGAUUUGCAAAUCAUUUUUUGAGGCUGAUUCUGACUGUUAGUAGAGUUCCUCAAUUUGAUGAUGUAAUAUUUCAACCCUCUUAAUUUCAAGCUUGGGAUACCAAUAAACUUCAUUAUGUCCUCGGUCGACACGGUCCCGUUCCCGGGAACUGACCAGAUCGUGACCGGCCAGUUUUAGGAUCAAGCUGUGUCUGGAAAAUAAUGUUCCAUUUAUAUAUUUUUGCAUUUGAACCAUUGUAAAGCAUUUUGAAAGGGGUGGAUACUUUUAUAAGCUGAAAAGGGG